AUGUCUGUAAGCGUUCGAAUCGUGUUAAUUGUAAUCAUUGGAUGUGGAAUAACGGUUCAGAAGGAAUCAGAAAAGGGGGAACCAUCAAUAAAACCUUCUAUAGCCAUUGUCGGCGCCGGUAUUUCUGGACUAUCAACCGCGCGUCGACUGAUUGAACUUGGAAUCGAUGACUUUGAUAUCUACGAGGGUCUCGACCGGAUCGGUGGCCGAAUUCACGCUAUCCCUUAUAAGGAUGGUUUCCUGCAAAUGGGAGCUCAAUUUAUAAAUGGAGCCGAGAACCCUUUGUACAAGAUUGCCAACCGUCUUGGAUUGAUUGCUGAUGUGGUAUCUGACACUGCUCAUGUCGACAAUGCACACUUUGCUUUUGGAAACCAAAAUGUUCGAGAAGAAGACAUCAAGACAUUCUUAGACUUCACUUCGAAGCUAGAUCCCAAAUACAGAAGCAUUGCAAAACAUGACGAGAAAACCGCAAGGCGCUACACUUUCAAAGAGAUCUUCACCCUGGAUUAUAUGCACUUCUUGAAAACACAGAACUUUACUGAAACACAAAAGAAUGUUUUUGACUCUUUGGCUCGGUCUUUCCGAUCUUAUUGGGAGUUCGAAUGGGCUGCUGAUUGGAGCACGCUUAGCGUGCAUGUUCUAAAAGAGUGGAAUGAUUAUGGACCAGAAUGUGAAUCUUUUGCUACCAAUAGAGUUGGAUUCAAAGGUAUUCUGGAUGACAUUGCUGCACCUAUCCCCAGAAACGCAUUCAACUUCAACAGCCGUGUUGAGAACAUCAAUCUCAACUCGAACACAGGGAAAAUUCAGUUGACAGUAAAUGACCAUCUUGUGCCAACAGAAUACGAUUACGUCAUUGUCACCUCUUCCCUUGGCGUCCUCAAGAAAUAUCAUCAUAUGAUGUUCACCCCACCACUUCCUCGACAAAAAAUCGAAGCAAUUGAGAAGAUCGGAUUCGGAGGAUCAUGCAAAGUAUUCUUCGAAUGGGAUCAACCGUUUUGGUCCAACAACACUUACUCGAUUGCACCACUUCCAGUCAGAGGAAUGAUCAGUGAAAAAUUAGAUGCAUUCGAGGAAGAAACAACUAUUCUUCAAGUGGUCGAUUGGGCUCCAAACGUGUUGAGUGCGUGGUAUGCCGGAAGAGGACAUCAAUUGGUGGAUAAUAUGUCAGAGGAAGAGUUAAAGCAGAGAAUGACUAGACUGAUGAGAGAAAUGUACAAUGAUAAUGGGAUUCCACCCCCAAGCAAGAUUAUUAGAACUCAACUGACAAAGAACGAGUUGCUGCUUGGAUCCUAUUCCUACAUGACUCAAGUUCAAGCUCUAUCUCACAUUUCUCAUUCUCAACUGGCAAUUCCAGUGAAACUCGAAGGAAGACCAAAGAUUCUGUUCGCCGGAGAAGCUACUCAUCACAGACUGUUUCAAACAACCAUCGGAGGUUACCUAAGCGGUCGCAGAGAAGCUGACCGAGCUGUCAAUGAUUGGUUUGGAACUCGAUAUGGUUUUAAUCAAACCAACAAGAUGGAAAUGGAGGACGUCUCAUUGAUAAACGAAAAAAGAAACGUCCCAUAUAUUUCACAACCGAUAACUUCUAUCUAA